AUGAAACGGUUGAACAGGAUAUGGAGAUCAGCCCAGCCCAUCGAGUGCUCUGUAGCAGGACCAGAGCAAGCAGAACCGCCUCAGAUACUGCAUGUUCCCGAUAAGCGGUACGGCAUCAAGGUCUUUCACGACUGUCCCGAUGCUAAAAUCGACGUUUGUUUCGUCCAUGGUCUGAUGGGAGACUGGGAAGCUACCUGGACUGCUGAAGGCCAGUCCCUCCCGUGGCCACAGACUCUCCUACCAGGAAAACUCACCGAGGCCCGCAUACUCACUUUUGGAUAUGACGCGGACGUGAUGAGCAUCGGAAUAUGUACUUCCAAAAGCGUGCUGGAAGACCAUGCUAAGAUCCUUCUGAACGACCUGUGCCUAAACAGAGACCGCGCCAACGCGUCAGGUCGCCCCAUUAUCUUUGUUGGCCAUAGUAUGGGUGGGCUUGUUGUCACGAGUGCGAUCCUGCUGUCACGCAAUAACACGGAGUCUCAUCUUCGAGCAGUGUUCGAUUGUACCAGAGCCGUUGCUUUCAUAGCCACCCCUCACAAAGGGUCUUUUAAUGCGACCUUGCUGUGGAUUGGGACUGCUAUUGCUGGCCCUUUUCGGAACGGAAGGCUCUUGCAAUCUCUGGAGAAGGAAGAUCCGCUGAUUGAGAACGUCCAGGAGCGCUUUUGGUCAAUGGCCCGCGGGAAGCAUAAAGCUGGCGAAACAUUCGAAGUUACUUGCUUUUAUGAAACCAAGGGUUAUCUCGGCCAGCUCAUCGUGGACAAAAGCUCAGCUACGGUGGUUGGUCAACAUGACCUCCCCAUUAUUGCCGAUCAUAUUAAUAUCGUCAAGUUCGGCUCUGCUGAUGAUUCCGGGUUUAAUGCACUUCUUGGAGAGUUGGAGCGGUGGAAAACGAGGAUUGAGGAAAAGGUUGUCGGUCCGCGCAAUGAACAGCAAACCAAACGCAAGCACAAUGGCUCCGGCAAACGUGCCAGGAAGUGCCGAAAAACAGGAUCUUCUUCACAGAUUAUUGAUGACAGUGACGAUGAGGCCUCCUGGGAUGACGAUUCUACUGGGACCACAGUUAACUUCUCCCAGACGACGCAUAGCUCGGAGGAAUUUUAUGGUGGGCCUUUUCAGGCGUCUCAGGACGGUUUAGUAGUCUAUGACUGUGAAGAGCGGGACGGGUUUGACGAGUUCACCCAGAGCUCUAGAGAUACAUGUAUUUCGGGAGAAGAGACCAGUAGUGACGAGGACUCGGAUUCUUCAGAGAACUCGGAUUCUUCAGAGGACUAUUGA